UCGGUGUCACUAGCGGAAGCGAAUGGGAGGGGCAGAAUUGCGAGAUUAGUUUUUUUUUUUAUUAUUAUUAUUAAUUUAUCUAUUUUAGAAGUAACAGCAAUAGUUAUUAGAAAUAUAAAACCAGGAAUUGACGUUCGCUUGAAACCCGACGGGAGCAGGCAGACACGGAUUUAGCGGGUGGGAUGGAGCCGGAACAGACUAAAUGAAAAAGAAGAAAGUAAAAGCACCAGGGUGACUUUCGACCAACUAUUUUGCUCAACACUGAAAAUAGCCCUGCAAGUACAAGACCUUGUGACCGCUGUAGCCGUGCUGUUUGAACUGUUUAAUAGCUGGGGAGACCGGAAAUAACAGCCCGUGCAGUCCUUUGUGUCAAGGUUGCUGCUGUCGUAUUGGAUUCUGAAGUGCAAGGAGAAUCUCCUUCAGAAGCUGCCGAAUCGGAUGGGGAGGUGUACACUCACUUCAUGAAGUCGCACCGCUGCUACGACCUCGUCCCCACUAGCUCCAAGCUGGUUGUGUUUGAUACCUCACUGCAGGUGAAGAAGGCGUUUUUCGCUCUUGUCUCGAAUGGCGUGAGGGCAGCCCCUCUGUGGGACAGCAAGAAGCAGUGCUUUGUAGGCAUGUUAACUAUUACAGACUUCAUCAAUAUCCUUCAUCGCUAUUACAAGUCACCGCUGGUUCAGAUCUAUGAGCUGGAGGAACAUAAAAUUGAAACCUGGAGAGAGUUGUAUCUACAGGACUCUUUUAAACCACUAGUGAGCAUCUCUCCCAAUGCUAGUCUGUACGAUGCUGUCUCGUCGCUGAUAAAGAAUAAAAUCCACCGCCUGCCUGUGAUCGACCCCCUGACUGGCAACACGCUGUACAUCCUCACACACAAGCGCAUCCUCAAAUUCCUCAAGCUCUUUAUUUCUGAGAUGCCAAGGCCGGAGUUCAUGACGAAGACCCUGCAGGAGCUGAGUAUCGGCACGUUUGAUAAGAUCGCGAUGGUGCGCACCAGCACGCCCGUAUACACAGCGCUAGGCAUCUUUGUAGAGCAGCGUGUCUCUGCCCUGCCUGUGGUGGAUGAGUCGGGGCGAGUUGUGGACAUUUACUCAAAGUUUGACGUUAUUAAUCUGGCAGCUGAGAAGACGUACAAUAACCUGGACAUCACAGUGACCAAGGCCCUGCAGCACCGCUCGCAGUACUUUGAGGGCGUGCUCAAGUGCUACACGCACGAGACACUGGACACCAUCAUCAGCAGGCUGGUGGAGGCAGAGGUGCACAGGCUGGUGGUGGUGGAUGAGAAUGAGGUGGUGAAGGGCAUCAUCUCCCUCUCUGACAUUCUGCAGGCGCUCGUCCUCACUGGUGGAGGAGUGAAGACUGCCUGAGAAGUGUCUGUCACAGAAUGCUGGAUUCAGUAACAUCGCCCCCAGUGUGAGACCAAACCAAACCAGGCACAUCCCACUCAGCAUCUGGGAGAGUGGUGUCCAGAAAUGAACAAUCUGUAUGCUGGCUCAAAGGGUCAGGGCGGGUUAUAGGAGCUUACAGCACUGCAAUAUCCCGUGUAUCAUAUCAAUGCUGUUUUUAUAUUUAAUUCAGUCCUUUAUCAUAGCAGUAGGCAAUAGUGGAACACAGUUUUUGGAGGCAGAGGGAGUUGUGUUAUUUUUUUAAUGAGUUUUAGCUUGUCAAGGAAAUUGCUUGACCAAAACUAUACCUUUAAUUUGUUAUUAUUAUUAUUAUUAUUAUUAUUAUUAUUAUAAGCAGCAUGCAUUUGCCCAUAUCGGCACGCUAAUUGUGCUCACGUUUUCAUGCGCAUCCUCAUGACUGAUUUUUUUCUGAUUUGUGCCUGCUGAAGAAGAAAAUGUAUAGAUCUGAUAUAAAAUUGCUAAACAAAUGAAAGAAACUCCUCAAUAACCCUAAAACUACAGCGAAGCCUGAAAAUGUGUCAGUGCACGCUGCUCCUAGCCGCUGCGUUUCUGAUCUGGCCUUUUUAAAAUCCGGUUUUACUUUCCUUUUAGUUUCCGUCGGUGUAAACUAAGAAAAACUCAAAGCAACUCAAAUUCAAUGACCUUUUUUUUUUUAAUGUCCUCAAAUAAAAUCAAAUCCAAGACCUUAUGUGAAAGGCGUGCCGGUGAAUUUGAGUUUCUUAUUGUUUCUGGAUGUUUAAUAGUUCUGGAUGAGACCUCUGCAACACAAUGUGUUUUUUUUUUU